GGAGGGCGCGCGAGCGUCUUCGCCAGCAUCUGCCGCGGCCGCGUUUGCCCGAAACCUGGGGACAGACCUCGGAAUCGACCGCCUGGCGCACGGACGUUCGGCGCUCGCCGAGUGGACGCGGCCGGCGUUGGGAGGCUCGGGCUUUGCAGAGCACGGCUUGUCUCGCCCGCUCGCCGCCGCUAUCCUCGGCUCAGACGGCCUGGGCGAGUGAGCUAGCUGGAGGUUGCGGGAGCCGCUCUCUUCCUGCUGGUCUCCGCGCGGCUUUGCCCGGGCCGCCCGCGCCGUGGCCCCGAGCCCCCCUGCUCUCCGCUUCCAAGCAACGGUGUGCCAGGACUCCAAAGUCGGGUAUCCGGGGCAAGUGUCUUCAUGAACCCAGAGGAUGUCCGGGAAGCACUACAAGGGUCCUGAAGUCAGUUGUUGCAUCAAAUACUUCAUUUUCGGCUUCAAUGUCAUAUUCUGGUUUCUGGGGAUAACGUUUCUUGGAAUUGGACUGUGGGCGUGGAAUGAAAAGGGAGUCCUGUCCAACAUCUCUUCCAUCACUGAUCUUGGUGGCUUUGAUCCAGUGUGGCUCUUCCUCGUGGUGGGCGGAGUGAUGUUCAUUUUAGGUUUUGCAGGGUGCAUUGGAGCACUACGGGAAAACACAUUCCUUCUGAAGUUUUUUUCUGUGUUCCUGGGAAUUAUUUUCUUCCUGGAGCUUACUGCUGGGGUCCUGGCAUUUGUUUUCAAAGACUGGAUCAAAGACCAGCUGUAUUUCUUUAUAAACAACAACAUCAGAGCAUACAGAGAUGACAUUGAUUUGCAAAACCUCAUAGACUUCACCCAGGAAUAUUGGCAGUGCUGUGGGGCUUUUGGAGCUGAUGAUUGGAACCUAAAUAUUUACUUCAAUUGCACAGAUUCCAAUGCAAGUCGAGAGCGAUGCGGCGUGCCCUUCUCCUGCUGCACUAAAGAUCCAGCAGAAGAUGUCAUCAACACUCAGUGUGGCUAUGAUGCCAGGCAAAAACCAGAAGUUGACCAGCAGAUUGUAAUAUACACAAAAGGCUGUGUGCCCCAGUUUGAGAAGUGGUUACAGGACAAUUUAACCAUCGUGGCUGGCAUAUUCAUAGGCAUUGCAUUGCUGCAGAUUUUUGGGAUAUGCUUGGCCCAGAAUUUGGUUAGUGACAUCGAAGCUGUCAGGGCCAGUUGGUGAGCCCCUUGCCAUAGCCCUGUAAGACACUGGACACGCCCAGCCUUCACCACCUUCCCACGUGCACGGACCGAGUGCAGAGGCCUCCUGCCGCCCACCCGAUGGAGCUGCCGAGAACUUGUUUCGUGGGGGGUGAACCUGGGCAAUGCUGCUCCCUGAUGGAAUUUUUUUAAACAAAUCACCAGUAUGAAAGUUGUUGCGCCGUGAAUCUCUACUGUAGCCAUGAGUUUAUGGAUGGUUGGACGCGUACCAAAAAAGCCAAGCGGGGAGUGGGGCAGGUGGGACGGAAGCUGUGGAAGGCGCUGUCUUGUCCUCUGCUGCACUAACUGGAGGACCAGGAGAGGAGGUUCUGCCCAUUCCAUCCUCAAGAGACUGAGGGACCAUCUUCUGUCCUGGGGUCUGAAGAAGCUCAGCUAUUUGGACAUGCGGCCUCCUGCUUGGGAAGACAGUGGCUUUUUGGCAUGCCACCACGCCCAUUUCACAAAGCUGAAGAAGAAAACAUCUUGUGUUUGGGUUCAGAUACUUUUAAUCACAUCCAACAAGCGACUUGGGUGGACGCCCUUGCCCCGUCUACUUAUUAACAAGGUGGUGUGUCCUAUGGGCAUGAGCAGGCGUGUCAGAAGACUCUGCGAUGCUGUAUUUUAGCAGGACUGAGCUUUUUUUCCCCCCCAAGUAGGAUUGAGCUUUAUUUAUCCAUGAAACCCAAGGAGAGAAUGAGGUUAAUGAGAGGCAUUAGUGAAAUACUCCUUACCACCAAAUCUGUGGUUGGAUUCUUCGGAAAUUCUCAAAUACUCUGGGUUGUCUGAUUGUUCUGUUUUGUGUUUUUUGUCUUCCAAAGGUGAAAGCUAUGAGAGACUCUGUUCCUCUUACAUUCUAAAGUGUUGUCUUACUCAGUUGGAGUUUUUUGGGGGGAGGGGUAUAAUCCUAAACUGCAUGACCUUUGGAUCUGAACCUGCCUUCUCCCUUUCCUGCCAUCUUGCCUGCAGAGCAUUGGAGCUGUCACUCUGCAUCAAUUGCAUAGGCUCACUGC